AUGGCCCCCGUUGGGAUACUCGCACGUCUGAAGAGCCUGUAUUCUAAAGGUCAGGAUGAGCCUUCACUGUCUGUACACACCGUCGUCGUCUUCUCAGUCGCCCUUACAUUGCUCUAUGUCUUGCCUUUCUAUCUGUCGCACGCCACGCGGCCAUCGCCAACUCUGAGUCGAGAUGCGCCCUCUGUGAUUCGCGCUCGCAUCCGCGCGGUGACAGGCUCCUGCGUCGCCAGUUCUCUCAUUGUACUAUGGCUUAUUGUCGAGGAGGGUAAUUCCUCGCUCGGCGCUGCGUUGAGCAUGCUCGGCUGGUGGCCCAUCGACCUGGCGGAUAUCCUCCGAAGCCUAUCUCUAACAGCUAUUCUAUUCUUGGGCCCUCUCUUUGAAAGGGGUAUUGCCGAAGGCGAAUGGCGGUCUUGGUUCCGUCGCAGUAAAAUAUCCGAGAGCCUGAGCGGCUGGAUCGGCUGGAGAAAUUAUGUCGCCGGCCCCGUCACUGAGGAGGUCAUGUUUCGGUCGGCCAUUAUCCCACUGCAUCUUCUAGCGCAUAUAUCACCUGGAAGAGUGGUGUUUAUUGCGCCUUUGUACUUUGGCAUUGCGCAUGUCCACCAUUUUUACGAGUUUAGACUUACUCAUCCCGAUACGUCGGUUUUGGCUUCUCUGCUACGCUCGCUCUUCCAGUUCGGCUAUACCACCAUCUUCGGCUGGUAUGCGACAUUCAUCUACCUCCGCACUGGAUCCUUGAUUGCGGUCAUUCUGGUCCACAGUUUCUGCAACUGGUGCGGAUUGCCUCGGCUCUGGGGCCGCGUUGAAGCUGGAGAAUCAUUUGGGGUACCCAUCAAUACCCGUGGCAAGGAGGACUCGGAUGGGAAUUACGUGGCCGAAGACGAUGAUGGCCAGCUAGGUAUUGGUUGGACGAUUGCGUACUAUCUGCUUCUUGUUCUUGGGGCGGUUUCUUUUGCACGGUGUCUUUGGCCUUUGACUGAGUCUUACUAUGGCCUGGUGUCAUUUACUGAGUCGAGGGCUGGCACAAAAUGA